GGAUUUCAAAAGUGCGCUGCUCAGGGCAAUGCGAUGACAAUUAAGGAUAGCAGUUUUCCAUAAAGAAAACGAUUAAUUAUGUUUACUCUUCUGUCAACAAACAUUUACUCACUUCAUGUUUGAAACAAGUUGUCAUAUAUUGCGAGCAAAUUAUUGGCUUCCUGAAGCGUCCAAUAUUUCCUUUUUUACUUUUACAACUUCAAAGUAUUAAUCCCCGUUCCGCCCGUUUCAUCCAGUCGGCCGGGCGUUGUCAUUUUUGGAUAUAAUGCCACUCACAUGCCAGGAAAUAUACCCAUCCAGAGUUUACCAUCCACAAUCAAAUUUUUCUCCAACUUUUUUUUACUGUUGCCCAUCUCGUUUAUAAGUCAUUUUUAUUUUGAUCCACUUCUUAAUUAUCCAGCUCUAAUUUUUACAUCCUUUUUUUCUACAAUGUACAAAUCAUUCAAAGUGCCCAGCUCCGAAGUGCCUGGCUACUCUGCUACCCACCGCCAUCCUGAGUAUAAGGACGGCACACAAAAUAACAAUUAUGCCAACAUCACAACGGUGUACGAACUUUUCAAGACCGCUGAGACAAACUACCCCAAGGCCGAGUUCCUCGGCACUCGCGAGUUCACACCCAAAACUGGCAAAUUUGGUCCUUUCGAGUGGAUUUCCACCACUGACGCAGCCGAAAUUACUGACGAGUUCGGCGCCGGUCUUGACAACGUUUACGCAAAGUAUGCUCCUGAAUUAGACGCUUUCACUGGCCAGCAGCCGCUUGGCAUUUACUCCGUCAACCGUGCCGAGUGGCUGCUCACUGAGUUAGCUGGCUUCCGGUCACGGCGCUACUCUGUUGGUGUGUGCGACUCGGCCGGUGUUGACUGCGCCGAGUUUAUUAUCAACCACUCUGGGUUGCAGGUUAUCGUUUGCUCGCUCGACAAGAUCCCGCGCAUGCUUGACCGGAUGGCAAACACGCCCAAGGUCAAGGUUAUCAUCUCGAUGGACAAGCUGGACUGUUCAAAGCCUAACCUGUCCACACAAGCCUUCACACCCGCAACUGUCGACAAAUUGAAAAGCAAAGCCGCAGCCCUUGGUUUGGUUCUUUUUGAUAUGAACCAGGUCAUCCAAAUGGGCCAGUCUAAGCCGACUCAAGCCACUCUGCCCAAGCCCUCCGAUUACUGCACACUCUGCUACUCCUCAGGCACGACAGGGGCACAGAAAGGCGUUCUUACCACACACGGCGGUCUUAUUCACGCUGCGCGCUCAGCGCAGCUGACUUUAAAAACUGAAAACACAACAUACUUGUCUUUCGUCCCACUUGUGCACUGCCUCGACCGGUACGGCAUCUACACCUUUAUGUUUGGCUUUAUCCAAAUUGGGUUCUACUCUGGAGAUAUGAACAACCUCGUUGACGACAUGCAGACUCUGCGUCCAACAAUUAUUGUUGCUGUCCCGCGGCUGCUCAAUCGCAUCUACGACCGCAUUGCAUCGUCAACUAUUGGUGCCAAGGGCGCGGUCGGAUUCCUAUCACGUAUGGGAUUCAAAUCUAAGGUCAAGCGGCUCCAGGCCGGCCGCAGCGCCAAGCACGCUCUGUGGGACAAGCUUAUUUUCAAUAAGGUCGCAAAUAUAUUUGGCGGCCGCGUCAAGUUGAUGAUUUCUGGCGCCGCUACAAUUGAUCCUAACGUGUUGACGUUUUUCCGCACCAGUUUUUCAUGUGAUGUCCUUCAGGGCUAUGGCCAGACAGAAAACAUGGGUUCAACGACAUUGUCGCCUCUUGGCGACCCAAGCACCAACCACGUCGGCUUGCCUAACCCCGGCGUUGAUGUGCGCUUGAGAAGUAUUCCCGAGAUGGGUUACCAGGUCACCGACACCCCAUGCCCGCGUGGCGAGGUAAUGGUGCGCAGUGACAGCGUGUUUAAGGGCUACUACCUGGAACCUGAUAAGACCGCCGAGGCCAUGGACGGCGAGUGGCUUGCCACCGGCGAUGUUGCCCGGAUUAACCUUGAUGGCACCUUCACAAUUAUCGACCGCAUCAAAAAUAUUGUCAAGACUGCCCAGGGCAUGUGGGUGGCGCCGAGCGUCUCGAGUCUAUCUACAACACAAACCCGCUUGUCCAGACUACUUUUGUCCAUGGCGACGAGCACGAGCGCAAUCUCAUUGCCAUUGCUGUGCCCGACCCCGUCAGCUUUAUUCCCUGGGCACGUGCCCUUGUUUCUCAGCCCAAAGCUGAUCUGGCGACUUGUGCGCCAACGAGAAAGUUGCUGUUGCUUUGGCCGAGCAACUAAAGGUCAUGGCGCAUUGGCUGGCCUCUCGGCGCAGGAGCAGAUUUGCGCGGUACACCUGGAACCUACUCCCUUCGAAAACGUUAACAUUGGCUUCUACACUUCAACUUUCAAGCUUCGCCGGAGAAUAAUGAUAGUGCACUACAAGAAGGAAUUUGAGGCGACAUUUGCCAAGCUUGGCACCAACGAUGCUGCUGCUGUUGAUACCGAGCUCUUUUUGUCCACAUAAUUAUUUUAUGGCGGCCACAUGUGUAAUCUAUAUUUUAUUUGCUAAAUGUAAAAAUGUCACUUAUAAUAAAAAGGAUAUAUUAAUCUUAAAAUUUUAACAAUAUAUAAUAA